CGCUCAUCAGCCUGUCAAUCUCCGGCGCAUUCCUCAUCUCGCUCUAUACAAACAUCAGUCUGGCCGAAAUGCUUCUUGACCUGCAUCAUCUCACUGCGCCGACGAAAGACGCUGAGGACCAACCGGUUCUACAAGUUGUACGCUGGCGAGAUUCAAAGCCAACACCGACCGGCACGCGCGUCCGACAAGACGCACGUGUCGAGGUAGAUAUAUCGAGCUCAGAGGGAACUGCAUCUCUUCUGUCUAUGCUGGUCUUUCUUCUCCUCGCGUGGCAACAACAAAUCGAUAACCGCAGUGCGAUGAUUGUAUUCUCCCCGCUCCAAGGCACUGCGACCCACGACCUGCCUCAAGAAGAAAGUAGGGGAAAGCCGCACUCUGCACAACGGAGCGCCGAGUCUCUACUGCCUGGAUCAUACGCGACGGAAUGUGACACACUCGGUGCAUGGGGGCUGUCCAGACUCGCCGUGCUCCUCACGUUCUGCUUUGUCUUGGCCGCGCUCUACGUUGUUGAAGGCACCAUCUCCUCGGCUGUGAUUCUGUUGGUCUCUUAUCGCUGGUCGUCCCUCGCCUCGUUCCACACUCCGAGAAAUAUCUGGUUCGCACGCUCGUCCCGCUCCACCCAACUCUCGUCGACAACCAACUCGAGCGAGGAUCUCACGCUAGUAGAAGAAGACAGUUAUGAUGCGGAAGUUUGUGAUGCAGACAAAUCCCUUGCCAAAGCCCUUUCAUUCAAGCUGCGAGCUGAAGCGCGGUCUUUCGUGCCCCUGCAGCAGCAGCUAGAUGUGGAUUUCCACGGGGAAUACGAUCUUAAGCUCAAGACCGCUGCUAUGUAUAACUAUUCUAACCGGAGCAUCUAUACUAGAGUUGGAACAUUCUGAUCUCGGUAGAAAGAGAUCGGAGGGUAAAAGGCAGAUCUGCGUUAUGCAUUUGUACAAACCUAGUCAUGUAUCCC